AUGCGGCAGGAAAUACAUCAAGUCAAGUCUGGUAUUGGACCCGCGCCUGCGCCUGAGCAUCUCCACCAUCCAAUCCAUACCAUCCAUCCAUCCUGUCGUCAAUCAUCCGUCUGGUCUAAUCCUAGCCUCCCCUCUUUAACCUGCCCGUCUCCUGUGCCUAGCGCUUUCAACCUCAAGCUGGUGCCUUACGCCUCUGGUUCUUUCGAAACCGUUUUGUCGGCAGCCAUGAGGGAAUCUUAA